ACCCUCUCAAUCGAGCGUGAUCGCGAUCGUGUUGACGCCGGCCAUUGUGGCGCCGCGGUAGCGUGAAGGGAGUCGGGACGACAGGCUUUCCGAGAUGUUUUGGUCCUCCGCUGUUCGUGCCGCUGUGUCGCAAACGGCCAGGCAGGUGAGGAGUCUGCACCGGUCCGCUGCACGGGCAGGAGCUGGGGGCAUCUUUGUGCACAGGGACACACCUGACAACAACCCUGACACUCCUUUUGAAUUCACUGAGGAGAACAAAAAGAGGAUUGAGGCGAUCAUUUCAAUGUACCCGUUGGGACACAAGCAAGCAGCCACAAUCCCAGUGUUGGAUUUAGCCCAGAGGCAGCAUGGAUGGCUUCCCAUCUCAGCCAUGAACAAGGUUGCAGAGGUGCUGGAAAUCGCUCCCAUGAGAGUGUAUGAAGUAGCAACAUUCUACACCAUGUUCAAUCGUAAGCCAGUGGGAAAAUACUUUAUUCAGAUAUGCACAACAACGCCCUGCAUGCUCUGCAACUCGGACAGCAUUCUGGAGACUAUCCAGAGUAAACUAGGUAUCAAGGCUGGAGAGACCACACCAGACAAGAUGUUCACACUAAUAGAAGUAGAAUGUCUGGGUGCUUGUGUGAAUGCUCCAAUGGUCCAGAUUAAUGACAACUACUAUGAGGACCUAACCCCUAAGGAUAUGGAGGAUAUUAUAGAUGAACUGAAAGCAGGCAGGAUCCCUCCACCAGGACCUAGGGGAGGGCGUUUCUCCUGCGAGCCAGCAGGUGGGUUGACCAGCCUGACAGAACCUCCUCCAGGGCCAGGUUUUGGUGUGAGACCAGACCUGUGAGGAUUGGUCAGCUUUUUCAAAAGCAACCCAAACCCUAAUCUGUAAUGUAUUAAGUCAAACAGUUUGUGUAAAUAAAAUAUUCAUAUACCAAUGUGCAAUGUGUCAGAAUGU